GCAAGCGGAGGAGGUACUAGCAUAAUGUAAUGAGCCGAAGCUGGGCUGUUUUGAGGAGUUAAAAGUUGUUUAUUUCACUCAACUGUCGGCCGACACUUGGACCUUUGAAUUAACUUUGAAUUAUACAAACUUGUAAGAAAUGUAGAGACUUUUUGGCCGCGUUUGUCGUUGCACGAUGGAGGAACCUGCGACAAGAGAGUUGGAGAUGUCUCUGUCAGACGGUACCUCGGACGACGAUAUGCCCUUAACGUUACCCACAGAGGGCAGCCACAGUGGGAGCAUCCGAAAGGGAUGUGAUCCGUUCGCCCAGACUCAGCGCAGUAAACUACAGCACCGGCGAGCUCGCAUCAACCAGCAGAUCAACAAGGAGAUGCGCAUGAGAGCCGGAGCAGAGAACCUGUUCAGGGCGACGACCAACAACAAGGUGAAGGAGACGGUGGCUCUGGAGCUCAGCUUCGUCAACUCCAACCUGCAGCUGCUUAAAGAGGAGCUGGAGGAGCUCAACAGCAACAUGGAGGUCUACCAAACAGACAGUGAGGCUAUCAACGUUCCCAUGAUCCCACUUGGAUUAAAAGAAACCAAAGAGGUGGACUUCACAGUUUCCAUCCAGGACUUCAUCUGUGAGCACUAUGGAGAGGACAGCUCACUCUAUGGCAAGGAGAUCAAAGAGCUUAUGGAGCUCAGACAGGCCAUGCGUACACCCAGCCGUAACCAGGCGGGUCUGGAGCUGCUGAUGGAGUAUUACAACCAGCUGUACUACCUGGAUCAGCGCUUCUUUCCUCUUCACAGGAACCUGGGUGUGCACUUCCACUGGUACGACUCUCUGACAGGCGUCCCGUCAUGUCAGCGCACGCUGGCCUUUGAGAAAGGAAGUGUGCUGUUCAACAUCGGUGCACUGUACACACAGAUUGGAGCACGGCAGGACCGCUCUGCAACAGCUGGCAUAGACCUAGCUAUAGAUGCCUUUCAGAGAGCUGCAGGUGCAUUUAAUUACCUUAAAGAGAAUUUCUCCAAUGCACCUAGUCUGGAUAUGAGUGGUCCGUCGCUCUGCAUGCUGGUACGUCUGAUGGUUGCCCAGGUGCAGGAGUGUGUGUUUGAGCGUGUCACACUCACCACACAAGACACACACUUUACUUCUCAACUCCGCCUGGCACAAGAGGCUGCAAGGGUGUCAGACGUUUACUUGUUAGUGCAGCAGACCAUGACGCAGCCUCUGAUGAAGGACUACGUGCCAUUUUCAUGGGCGUCCAUGGUUCAGGUCAAAUCUGAACACUUCCGCGCCCUCUCACACUACUACGCUGCUGUUGCACUCUGCGAUCACACAUUAUCUGCUGAGGAGGGCGAGGGUGAUGAAGAAGCAGAGACGGCUUUCCUCCAGUUCUAUGUCAACGUUCCUGCAGGGCCUACACUCAGCCAGGUUUUGCAAGAUCCUGAAAAAAGAAGAAAGCUUGGGAAAGCUCACCUGCGGCGUGCAGUUAUCAGACACGAGGAGGCCAUGCGGGUCCACAGUCUGUGUAAGAUACUGAGGAAGAUGGACAUCCUGCAGGACGUGCUGUCUCUCACACACAAACGCUCUCUGGACAAGUACUCUGAGCUGGACAGAGAGGACGACUUUGAUGAAACCGCAGAAGCUCCAGAGAUACAGUCUCAAACUCACCAGAAACCAGAAAUCAUUCCAACCAACUUCGCUACAGUCCAAGUCACUGAUAUCUUCCAAAGACUAGGGCCUCUGUCUGUGUUUUGUGCUCGGGCUCGCUGGGGUCCAGUUCGUCUGAUCUGCCUGCAGAGGGGAGAGGGGGGACUGGGCCUCACGCUCAGAGGAGACUCCCCCGUCCUGGUGGCAGGAGUGGUGCCUGGAGGCUGUGCAGCGGAGGCGGGACUAAGAGAAGGAGACUACAUAGUAGCAGUGGACGGACAGGACUGUAAAUGGGCCAAACAUAGCGAGGUGGUCCACAUGUUAAAGAGCUGCAGUGACAGAGGAGUGGAGCUCAGUGUGGUCACGUUACACUCGCAUGAUACACAGCAGGUGGAAAGGAGGGCCAUCAUGUUGUCCCAUGGCAGCGAUAAGGAAAACACUAGGCAGCGUCUGCUGGGUGGAGCUAAGGGCCAGAGCUCCGCCUCCUUGUUGAACUGGAACAGGAAGAAGAAGAGGGAAGGAGGCGGGGUCACUAAGAGACUGGGAAGCACUUUCAGUUUGUCGUUCGGAAGCAUCAGAGACACUGAGGCCAUGUACUGAGACACGACUGCAGAGGAACCACUCAGGGAACCACGGCAGUGGAGCACAAGCGAGCAUGAGGAGCACACUCAGAAUGCUGCACCAGCAAACACCAGCACGAGCUGCUGCUGCACAGAGCUCGGACAAAAAGAAAAACACAAGAAAAAACUGUUCCUGGCUUCUAUCUUGCUACAGCACAGUCCAUCUGGCAACUGUGUUUGCUAAUCAUAUGUGGAGCACACACAGCAGUUUUUACUUUCCACGUCCUUGAGACAAUGAAAGGAAAAGUUUAGAUGCAGGAUGCUAUCAAAUCAUUUUGAGACUUGCUCCUGCUUUGUUCUGUGCUAAAAAAAUACAGUGACGACAAAACGUGUGAUGCACAUGUGAUUUUAUCUAUCACCAGCUGGACUUCACUGUGAGACAGAAAGACACAGACAGAAUUAUUUUGAUUACUAAACUUCAUUCCAAUGUUUUUAACAGACUGUCUGUGAAAAACCAUUCCAAACAACUGGUCAAUCAGUAAAGCUUCACUUGUUAAAUUUAUAAAUACAAUCUAAAAAAAUAAUAUUUGCUGAAACUGUUACUACACAGCACUAAAUGAGACAAAAAAGCCCCAACAUUUUUCUGCCUUGUAGCACUUCUAAUGGUCUCACUGCAGGGAACAAAAACGACCAAUCAGAGCUGAAGAGUCUCUAAAGGGCCAUUUACACAGCAAUGUUGCUGCAAAGAUUUAAGAUUUGUUGCAGUUUGGCUUUUUGUUCACAUGACAACAGCUUUUUGGGGGCCUGAAAACACCACCCUUUCUGUCGCCGUUUAAACUGGCGAUGUGUGGAUCCUGUGAGAAUGAUGAUGUCACGGCCGCACUUUGUGCAUGGUCUUCUUCUAUGGUGUGUCAUUACAAAGUUACACUGCCGACUACUGGCCUGAUAUGCAUACUGCAGCAUUUUCGGUUGUUUUUGCAGAUGUGUGUACACAAGAAUUGUUCUUACAAUGUUAACAUAUGACAUAUUUUUAAUGUAAAGGAAAUUGUUUUCACUAGGGUAGUUCUUGUCUAAACGUGGCCUAAAGCAGGUGUCAAUCAAAAUGUUAUCAGAAACAUAUUGUAGUGAACUGUUUCGCUGUAAAGUGAGAAAGUUUGUGACCUGGCCGCCAUGUUGGAAACAGUCGACUGCAGUAUAGGCAAUGCAGUAACAGAUUUUGAUUCAUUUUUGAUCAGCGCAGCCUAGUUUGACAGUCUGACUGCAGUUGACCACAUGAUUGACUGCUGCGUUAGAGUCUCGUGGGCUCUGACUGGUUGGUGCUGAUUGCCUGCGGUCUGAUUCUAACGAAUGCCAUUAGAGGCAGCAGCAGGAGGAGGAAAUGGAUAUUAUUUUUUCACAGACUCUCAUGCGCCUCUUUCAAAUAUGAGGCUGGAUAAACGACAAGACGCGCCUCUUUCAAAUAUGUUUCAAACAGUUUCAGCAAAUAUAAAACAAAGUUAUCAGCUGUAGCUUGAAAAAACAAACGCAGCUUUUAAGUCUUAGUGAUACUCACGGUUUGUGAAUGUUGAGGUCUGAUGGGGCUGACUCAGAUUCAGACAAGCAGUCUGAACAGCAUCUGAGGAGAUAAGUCAUCUGGAAUUAGCUUUGUCAAAAUAAGUUUAACUUGAGUGGUCACAUGACUCAAACAAGCAUCUAUUCUCUGUAACAGCACACCCCAAAAACAUUAAAUAUACUGCUGUUUUAUUUCCUAAUGUUGAUUAUAUAGAAAAGCUGACAUUUGUGUCAGUUCGGCUCCCUGUAUCAGCACGUCUCGGCUAACGAUCCUGGACCGCCUCUGUCUGUAUGUGUCCAGUGUGUUCUUUAGAUGACUCAGCGCUAUGCGACACAGCUGUAGUGAAAAUUAAAGAAACUUCAGUUACUUCUUAACUUCACAUAAAGCACAUUUUUUGUAACAUUAUUA